AUGCCCGGCUGCUGGGGCGCAGCGGUCAGCGCCAGGAGAGAGCGGUGGCGGCGGUCCAAGCAGCAGCGGCUCGGCACCCACCUUCCAAGAGCUGCAGGGAGGGAAGACAGGGAGAAGAGCUUUCUUUCCCACUACUGUGGCCAAGUUACUGAACCCCCGGAGAGGCUGAUUCCCGAAAGGCCUGGUUUCUCCCUGCCUUCUUGCUCUGGUGUGGGUGGCCACAGAGACUUGGCCCUGACUUCCAGCACCAGGGAUCCUUCACAGCUCCUGCAGCAGCACCUUGGUUAUCCAGGGAGCAGCUCCUCUGUGCCAGCAAGGUACCUCACAGCACCGGCCUGUGGGAGCAGGGGGAACUACAGCAGAAGGUCGGGUAAAACCAACGUGAAGCCGACAUGGCCCAGGAACCCGCUGGCCCCACCUUGUCCUUUGCACGCAGACUGGUGGGUGUUCAGCUGCGCACGCCUGCGGGGUACAAGAAGAGGGAUCAGACAGAAGGCCUGGCUACGGCUCUUCCUCUCUAACUCACUUUGUCCGACCAGGGAAAACCAGCCAUACUACAGCAUAAGCAAAUACAUUGAAAAGGAAGGCCAGGGCAGCAAAUGGUCUGUUACAUUUGCUCAGCUAGGCAGAAACAAAAGCCAGGCUUGCACUGUUUGCUAUACACAGCAAAUUUGUGCUCAGCGACUCUUUUUUGGGAGGCUGAAGGGGAAGGGUUUUCCUGGAUACUUAACUUGUUACAGUAUUGCUAAAUCUGCAGAAAUAAUUUACUCCUGAUAG